AUGUUUGGCGGCGUAUCGAACCCGUACGCUAAUAACAGCGGUAGCCAAUAUUCGUCCUCAUUGCCCAGGAAUGAUGGAUUCAAUGCACAAAACCGGUACUCGACCGCGUCAAAUGGAUCGUACCAGUCGGGCAAUAUCGCAAGACCGCCCGCUGCAGCAUUCAGCUCGAACUACAUGCGAGAGCAAGGCUCUCAUCAGUCGUUGCAAGAGCGCAUGCAAAGAGAAACACUUGCAGGCACCCCGUCGUCACUGACUGGCGGGUUCACAGAUGUGCCAACUCUCAACUAUCCUACGACGCCAACAAGUCACACGAAUUUUGCAGCUCAGAAUUCUCAGCCCAUGAACACCAUGCCACAACCCACAUUUGGUGCUAAUACAGGAAUUUACAACCAUGGCAACAAUUCUCAAAGCAACCUUCGCAACAGCGCGUUCGCAAAUCCACAACUGUCGCCUGGCCAAUACUCUGUAAACUCCGACUACGGUGCUGAUCACAGUUUGAAUGGUAGCCCCAAACACGGUCAAUACGUAAAUUUGGCACAAGUCCAGCAAAGUCCUGUUAGGAGCAUCAGAGGUGUGGGACAAACACAGAGCGCCGAUACCCAACAGCGCCAAAGUGUACCUCAAGGUCAAGCGUCUAACUACAUGUACUUCGAAAGAAGACCAGAUAUGUUAUCCAAAUCGACGCAGGAUAAAGCUGCUGCUGUGAAGCUCAAGAUUGAAAACUUUUAUCAGUCGUCGGUCAAUUAUGCCAUCGAGAGAAACCAGAGGCGUGUGGAAUUGGAAUCUCAACUGCUGUCACAAGAUUGGUCUGAUGAGAGGAAAAAUCGACAAUUGUCCUCGUUAGGUAAGAAGGAAUCUCAGUUUUUGAGAUUGCGUCGAACGAGACUAUCAUUGGAGGACUUCCAAACCGUCAAAGUGAUCGGGAAGGGUGCCUUUGGCGAAGUUAGAUUAGUUCAGAAGAAGGACACCGGAAAAAUAUACGCCAUGAAAACACUAUUAAAAUCGGAAAUGUACAAAAAAGAUCAACUUGCUCACGUCAAAGCAGAAAGAGAUGUGCUAGCCGGUAGCGAUUCUCCUUGGGUCGUGUCGUUAUACUAUUCUUUCCAAGACGCACAAUAUCUAUACCUUAUAAUGGAAUUUCUUCCAGGUGGUGAUCUAAUGACCAUGUUGAUUAGAUGGCAAAUUUUCACCGAGGAUGUCACUAGGUUUUACAUGGCCGAGUGCAUUUUGGCCAUCGAGGCCAUUCACAAGUUAGGAUUCAUUCAUAGAGAUAUCAAACCGGACAAUAUUUUGAUUGACAUUAGAGGACAUAUAAAGCUUUCAGAUUUUGGUCUGUCUACAGGAUUCCACAAAACUCACGAUUCAAAAUAUUACAAGAAAUUGCUGCAACAAGAUGAAGUCAAUGCUGCCGCAGGCAACUUACAGAAACCACAAAUGGGGGUCAAUAACGGCUCGAAUAACAACCGCAAUACCAUGCUUGUGGACGCUAUUCAUUUGACAAUGACAAAUAGACAGCAAAUACAAACAUGGAGAAAGUCCCGUCGUUUAAUGGCGUAUUCCACUGUCGGAACACCCGAUUACAUCGCGCCUGAGAUUUUUCUGUAUCAGGGUUAUGGCCAAGAAUGCGAUUGGUGGUCAUUAGGAGCCAUCAUGUAUGAGUGUUUGAUUGGCUGGCCACCAUUCUGCUCGGAAACACCUCAGGAGACUUACCGUAAGAUCAUGAAUUUUGAGCAAACGCUGCAGUUUCCUGACGAUAUCCACAUCUCGUAUGAAGCUGAGGAUUUGAUACGGAGACUUUUAACACACGCCGACCAAAGACUCGGGAGACAUGGUGGUGCGGAUGAAAUCAAGACGCAUCCUUUCUUCCGUGGUGUUGAUUGGAACACUAUCAGACAAGUCGAGGCACCAUAUAUUCCAAAGUUGAGCAGCAUCACCGAUACCAGGUUCUUCCCAACAGACGAGUUAGAAAACGUACCAGAUAGCCCUGCCAUGGCCCAAGCUGCUAGACAGAGAGAGCAGAUGAUGAAACAAGGCGGGAACACAGCAAACAAGGAAGACUUGCCAUUUAUAGGUUACACUUAUUCGAGGUUCGAUUACCUCACAAGAAAAAACGCAUUGUAA